GGCCCUGCUUCAGUGGGGGUAAAAAGGGAAUCGUAUGCUGGAAGCCGGAGGCAGUCAGUCGUCUUCAACCUCAGCUCGAGAAUCCAAUCCGCCGCGGGAGUCGGAGUUCCCUCUCGACCCUGUUCAACAGGGAGCAGGCUACCGAUCUCUGAGCCGGUGGCGAGGGAGGCGGGCAUGGAUGCCGGCGAUGGGAACGAGUCCGGGAGCCGCGCGACUGCUCCGGAGAUGGCAGUCAUCAUCGGGGUCGGGGAGGACGAGAUCCGCGGGCUUGUGCGCAGGGCCGACGGCGGGCCUGCCGAGUCCGCUCAUAGGCCCACAGGAGAAAUGAGCCCACAAGCUCCCGGCCGGACUGAAAGGGUUGAUUGUCAUCCCCCGGACAGCACACCAUGUCCUAACAGGAUCGGGGCCCUCGAGAAAUCCAUCAAAUCUUAUGCAGAGAACAGAGGAGAUCAUGUUCUCAACCCAGCGUUGGGUACAACUUUUGAUUCUCUUGGCGAGGCAUAUUACUUUUACAAUCUGUAUUCGUGGGAACAUGGAUUUGGCAUCAAGUACGGCAAGAGUCGGCUUAGUGCAAAGAGGACCAAGACCAUGCAGGAAAUUGUUUGUGGGUGUUCGGGGGAACCAGGUGCCGAAAACACAAGUUCAUGCCGGUGUGGAUGUCCUGCGAUGAUCCGUUUGCUGCGUACAGAUAACAACGGCUGGUACAUCAAAGAGCACAGGAUGACACACAACCACUCUUUGACUCCAAGGUGCGGACAGAAGGUACUCUGGCCAUCCCACAAACAUAUAGAUCUGUACACAAAGGACUUGAUACGUCAGCUGAGGGAGGACAACACGAACAUCGGCAAAGUCAAUGGCAUUAUAGGAAGUCUCUCUGGAACCAUGGAGAAUGUGUCAUCUACUAAUUGUAUGUUUAGGAACCUGUGUAGUCAAAUUGGCAUAGAUCAAGCAGAUGAUGAAGUUAGGAAGACAAUUGAAGUCUUCGCGGACAUAGGAGCAAAGAAUCCGGAGUUCAUGUUCGGGGUACAAGAAGAUGCCGAGAAUCGGAUAAAGAACCUCAUGUGGACCAACAGGGGGAACCAAAUGCAGUACAAGCACUUCGGAGAUGUUAUCACGUUCGACACCACUUACAGGACUAACUUGUACGACAUGCCAUUUGGACUAUUCAUUGGCGUGAAUGAGCACUUUCAGAGCAUCAUCUUGGCUGGAGUGUUGGUUAGAGACGAGCAGGUAGAGAGCUUCGAAUGGGUUUUCUCUGAAUUCAUAAGAAUGAUGGGUGGUGAAGCACCAAAGACAAUUCUGACAGAUCAGAAUCAAGCGAUGGAGGUGGCCAUAAAGAAUGUGAUGCCAAACACAGCCCACCAAUGGUGCAAAUGGCACAUCAUGAAGAAAGCAGAAGAGUGCCUUGGACCCCUAUACAGAAAACGGAAUGGGUUCCGAGCAGAGUUCCAUAAGGUCUUCAGCAACGUAGUGACAAUAGAUGAGUUUGAGACAGCAUGGGCGGUGUUGAUCGACAAGUACAACUUAAGGUCACAUCCAUACAUGGCACAACUUUACGAAACCAGGAAGAAAUGGGCAAAGCCAUAUUUCAAGGGGGUGUUUUGUGCCAAGAUGACGAGUACCCAAAGGAGCGAGACUGCCAACAGUAUGCUGAAGAAAUAUGUACCACCUGCAUGUCUGAUGCAUAUGUUCGUGAAGCAAUACAUGCGCUUGCAGUUUGACCGGGACGCAGAUGAAGCCUAUGAAGAGAAACGGACCCUGAUUGGUGGCGUCAUGCUGAGGCGUAACUUACCUAUGGAGCGACAUGCUAGCAAGAUAUAUACUCAUGCGAUGUUCAAACAGUUUGGCCAAAUCCUUUAUCAAGCAGGAUCUUACCGUCUGGAGGUGAUCGAGAAGAACAAGGUGUACAGGACAACGCUCAUUGAAGCAGAGGGAGGGGGAAAAUGUAUCAGGGUAGCCUAUGAGGUUAAGAUGAUAGAUAAUGGAGCUGAAUUUGACUGCGAAUGUGGUCAAUUUGAGCACAUGGGUUUGCUAUGCUGCCAUGUGCUGAGGGUGAUGGAUUAUUUAGACAUCCUGGAGAUACCCAAGAAGCACAUUGUGAAGAGGUGGACAAGAAACGAGCGAGAUGUCCUGCCUAUGGAAGCAAGCCAAGAAGCUGCUAGUGCAGAGGCCUAUGAUGGGUCGAUGGGGUUAUUCAAGGAAAAUGUGCCACCAUACGGAGAAGCAAGAGAUUGCCUAGGGCUUAAGGAUCGGCUAAGGCUAAUGACAAAUGAAAGACUAGGCGAUUGCUCUGUGCACAACAAUGAUAGUGUCGAUAACACAAGACCAGCUAAUCGGAUUAGCUGCUCCUUGUAAGAAACCUAAACCCGGAAGGCCAACAGCAUUAGAGGAAUCACCGUAGGAGGAGCUGAGCAAAGGAACUUGCCCUUAGAGGCAUGACUUGCCAAAGCAGGGAACACUUGCUCUGAGCCCUCCCGUCCAUAAAAUUAGUGGUGGUUUGUAGCUUGAGUAUAUGUCGGUUAGAGUUGACUUUAGAAUCUCUUUUGUGAAACGGUUGCUGGAGUUAACAGGUGAUAAUUGAAUCAGUGCAGGUGCUGAUUUAUUGACAUUUAGAUGCUGUACCUGGCAAACUAAUAUUAGGGGCUGCUGAAAUGAGUGCAAAAUUUAUGUGGCCUAUGCGGUACUACUAGCAGAACAUGAUAUUUGCUGAUUUAGAUAUGAGGAUGAGAAA